CGACCAGUAGGUGGCGUAGUUUUGUGGUUAACCUAUAAAAGAGUUAAAAAGGUGAUGUUGUGUAACAUAUUAAUAAUUUAUCGUUAUUAAAAAUUGACGCAACGCGAUAUAAAUUAUGAAGAAUGUUAAGUUAGCAUUAAGGUUAUCCACGAUAAGUGGGUUAAGUGGUUGGUACAUAGGCAAGUAUUUUAAACAAGAAAAACAUUCUCAUGUGGAGGAAGACAAUGGAACGAGUAUUUUUCAUAAAAUUAAACGUAUGCCCGGUUUACCAAUAUUUGGCACAGUAUCCGCACGUGAAAAUCUACUAGAACCUUCAGAUGUAGAAUCAGAAAUGGGUUCAAAAUUAUCUGGAACUGCAACAAGAGUAUCCCAGAUUAUGAAAUUUGGUUUUCCUGGUUAUGAUAACAUCAGAUCAUAUGAAGAUUUUAUAUUGUCUUAUGACAGAAGAAAUCGUGUUGCUCAUUGGGUAUUUGAACAUUUAAACAAAGAAAGAUUACAAUAUAAUGAAACUGUAGAUCGUUCAAAGUGUGAAUUUACGCCAGAUACGAGUAUACACCCUUAUUUUAGAUCGGAUAAUAGUGAUUAUAAAGGAAGUGGUUACGAUCGUGGACAUUUAGCAGCAGCUGGAAAUCAUAAACUAUAUCAAAAACAUGUGGAUCAAACAUUUUAUCUUUCAAAUAUGGCACCACAAGUUGGUGUCGGUUUUAAUAGGCACUCUUGGAAUAGAUUAGAAAAAUAUGUGAGAAAAUUAACUAAUGUUUAUAAAGAUGUUUAUGUUUGUACUGGCCCAUUAUAUAUUCCAAAAAGAGAUAAUGCAGACGGUAAGUUAUAUGUGCGCUACGAAGUUAUUGGUGCAAAUCAUGUUGCAGUACCGACACACUUUUAUAAAGUAAUUGUUGGAGCAACUCAUAACUCAAACUUUGAAAUGGAGGCUUAUGUAAUGCCAAAUAUGCCCAUUGAUGACAAUACUCCUCUUACAAAUUUUCGGGUACCGCCAGAAACUAUUGAAAGAGCAGCAGGUCUUUUAUUUUUUGAUAAAUUAUCUCGCGAAAAACUUACAAAAAUCAAUGGGAAAAGUAUAGCAUAAUAUUGUUUCAUACAAUCAAUUAGUAGUCAAUUUUUAUGACUGAUUUAUUUUAUAUUUAUUUCUUUGCUAAAUAUCAUUCUUAAAAAUGUAGAUGCAAAUAGCUAAUCGAAAGUUAUAGAAAAUUGAAAUUAAUAUUUAUGUGUGUGUGUAUAUAUAUAUAUAUAUAUAUAUAUAUAUAUAUAUAUGAUCAGUAUAUCCUUUUUUUUUCAUCUCAUGUAAUAACAUGAAACAAGAAUAGAUUUAUUGAGAUUAUUUUAUUAUUAUAAUGGAAUUAUUUUAAUGGAUAUAAAAAUUAUUUUUUUAAAUGCAAGAAAUUGUAUAUACAAAGUUUUACGAAAUAACAAGAUGUAUUAUCAUUUAUAUUUCGAGAUUUUAUUGCCUUUUGUACAAUUGAUGAUUGAAGCUUUCAUCAUUUAUGUUAUAAUAAAUUUAGUGCAUAAUCACAUUUGACCAAUCAUGAAAAUAAGUACUCGUAGAAAAAGUACAUAUAUUCAUCUUUAUACAUUUUUUUUAGGCACGACCAUAGGGAAUGUUAUAUUAAUAUAUUCAACUCUCAGUCUAAUAAGAAAUAAAAUUAUUUUUUUUUUAAUGUGUGCUUCGUGUCCAAUCAACGAUAUAUUCUACGAUAAUUCUGUCAAUUUUUAUGCGCUCAUAGCCGGAAGUAAUAACUCUUAUUUAAAAAUUUUAUUAUCUUUGAUUAUUAUUUUCCGACUAUAGCUGUAUUUUACAUGCGUUUACAUAAAAAUAUUGUAUAGCACGUAGUAAUAGUGCUAUAGCACUAAUAUAGUAGCACAUAGAUAGUAUUCUAUCAUUACGACUUUCCAUGGAAUGUGUGUGUGUGUGUGUGUGUAUAAAGAUUAUUAUUUGCCGUAUUGUUGUCAUGUCUAAAGUGCGUAGUGAAUCAUACAGACGAUUUUCUUACGCGUGUAUAUAUAUAUAUAUAGUUCAUUAUUUAAUAAGUAUUUUGAACGCAUUCUUGGUCGAGUUAAUUCUCGCCGUUACUUUGGUCACAGUAGUAAUAUUAUUACAUACCAAAGAGUACAUUUGUUGUUAAAAUACUAUGUUAAUUUUAAAUACAGUAUUCAUAUAAAAUCCUAUUGACAAAACCAUUAAUAAAUUUUAUGACUUAACAUCUAUUUUAUGUACACAAAAUUAACAGAUAUGAUAACAUAGCGAAGCUCGCCGGAUGUUUUCAUAUUCUUGUUAUUCAUCUACUCUUAUAUUCUAUAUUUUGACCAAUGUUGGUACAUAUUAAUGUCAAAAAGUUUCAGAAUUUCUGCAUUUAUAAUAAUUUAGGCACUAAUAUGGACGGGUCUCGUUAUUUGAAUGCUGCGAUCGCGUAUCACUUACAUAGUAAGGACACUUGUCACAGCUUUAAGUACACUCUUCGUUAAGUAACUACUUCGUAUGGUUUUUAUCAUACGUUAUCGUCGAAUAAAUUGAAAAUAC